GUCUCGAUUAUUGAAUUCCCACUUGGUCUCGGUACUUCGACCAGACAGAGACCGCUCCGGGUCCAGGUCUAUAUCAAGGCUCAACAGGUGGUCCUCCCUAUCUGAGACCUCAGCAAUGCGUCAUGUCGACUCUCAGUGAUCCUCUGAGGACGGGAGGAGUUGAUCCCCGUCCCGCGGAGUAUGGGGGCGGCACGUUUAGCGCCCAGCCCACUGUCAGCUCCUCUCUCAGCGGCAUAACACCUCAGUCAGCGGCUCGGAGGACUGUUGGACAUGUGGGGAUACACCGCUUGACCUUAGUUUGGAUCUCGUAUCUUUUCUCCGUGCCUGGACUACCGUGGACUACCGUGGGAACUGCUGAGUCCUCGUUAAGACCGAGUCUGACGGCAUGCUGCCAGAAAUCAACAACAAGAAGUUUGCUCCGUCCGUGGGCGGCCGGUCCCAUCUGGAGCCGCCCCUGGUGCAGGUGGUGGUCAGCAACUCCAAACACCUCCACCACCCCCACCUCCAGGACUCCAUCCUGCCCCACAUACCCAGCACGCACAACAGCUACCACAAACACCAGGGGGAGAGGCCGAAGCCCGCCCUGUUGGGUGGGCGGCUUGGGGGUCCCAGGGAGACCCUGUCCAGCCCCCAGGCCCCCCGUACCCCCGGCAACAAGCAGGAGAAGGAGAAAGCCUUCGAGGGACAGAGACUCCCCCUUUCUCCCACAGAUGCUCUGAAGCACUUCCAUGAGCGUCUGUCAGAGUUUGAGCAGGAGGAGAUCUCGGACCAUGCGGAGGUCUGGUUCAUGGGUCUGGGCUCCCAGAAGAUCGAGGCCACACUGGGCGCUCCCCACAACUCAGGCUUCGACGACGAGCACGGGAGCUACAUACGGGUGCUCCACGACCACAUCGCCUUCCGCUUCGAGGUGCUGGAGGUGAUCGGGAAGGGCUCCUUCGGCCAGGUGCUGAAGUGUCUGGACCACAAGACCAACGAGAUGGUGGCCAUCAAGAUGAUCCGCAACAAGAAGAGGUUCCACCACCAGGCGCUGGUGGAGCUGAAGAUCCUGGACAUCGUGAAGAGGAAAGACCCGGAGAACCUGCACAACGUCAUCCACAUGAACGAGUACUUCUACUUCAGAAACCACCUCUGCAUCUCCUUCGAGCUGCUGGGGGUAAACCUGUAUGAGCUGAUCAAGAAGAACAACUUCCAGGGCUUCUCCGUGGCUCUGAUCCGGCGCUUUGCCCACUCUCUGUUACGCUGCCUUCAGAUGCUCCACGACGAGAAGAUCAUACACUGUGACCUCAAACCGGAGAACAUCCUGCUGUCCCAGCGCGGCCCCGGGAACAUCAAGGUGGUCGACUUCGGCUCCAGCUGCUAUGAGCAGCAGAAAGUGUACACCUACAUUCAGAGCCGGUUCUACCGCUCCCCCGAGGUGAUCCUUGGCCAGCCCUACAGCAUGGCCAUCGACAUGUGGAGCCUGGGCUGCAUCCUGGCCGAGCUCUACACCGGGGGGCCCCUGUUCCCCGGGGAGAGCGAGGCCGAGCAGAUGGCCUGCAUCAUGGAGGUGAUGGGCACGCCUCCAGAGGAAUUUGUUCAGACUGCCUCAAGGAAAAGGUUGUUCUUCGACUCUAAGGGAAACCCUCGGAGCACUACUAACACUAAGGGGAAGAAGCGGAAGCCAAACUCUAAGGAUCUGUCCGCCGUCCUGAAGACCAACGACGCUCUCUUCCUGGACUUCAUCAAGCGCUGCCUGGCCUGGGACCCUGCGACCCGGAUGACCCCUGACGAGGGCGUCCAGCACCCCUGGAUCAUGCAGGGGAACUUCAACCGGGUCCGCCCCCGGCCCCGCGGGGGCGUGGCCGUGCCGCAGACCCCCCCGAGCUGCGGACCGGACCAGAGGCAGAGCGGCCAGCCCCCCGCGGACAGGGUUAGCACAGCUAGCACCAGCGCUAGCCAGUCGCGGCGGGACAGCUCAGGGUCGCGGGGCACGCUGCCGUCCAGCGAGCGGCUUCGACCUCUGGGGGCGUCGGUCGAGGACGUCGGCGAGGGUGGAGCAAGGGUCUCCACGGGAACCAAGGAGCAAGAAGGAGGAGGGGAGAGGCCCGUGCACAUCACCAUCCAUUCUCAACAGGGAGUGGGCGGAGCCAGAGACGCCUACCGUAGUCUGCCGCCAAUCAUGUAGGAAGCAAGUGACGGAGCGCCUGGGGGCAGGGCCUUGGGGCAGGGCCUUGGGGCAGGGCCUUGGGCAGGGCCUUGGGUGGGGCCUGGGGGCAGGGCAAGGUGUUUUAUUUGCAUGUCGUUGAGGUGGAGUAUGUGUUGGAUGUGUUUGACUGACACACAGUAGAAAGAGAGAGUGGCUCCACUGCAGUUUGAGUGAUGCCACAGAUAAAACAAUCAGUCUUUAUUAAUAUCUACAUCAAUAUCUAGCUGCUAUUGCUGCUGGCGGUUUAACCGUUGACUUCAAGUCGUUAACAAACACAACUUUUGUUUAGUGUUACUGUUCACAAUAUCACUGGGAUAGGAAAUGUUCUAUAUUCUAUAUCUCUGUACGUCUUCUAGAUCUAUCACAGAGAGGUCAACUCUGAGGUCUGCUGUACAGUAUAAGUGAUGAGUACUGUACAGUACAAUGCUGAUGACCAUGUUGUGUUCACUAGGUUGUACACAAGGUGACAAGGUAAUGUGUGGUCUUCUUUAUUUAUGUCUUUGGCUUUGAGGGCUGAGGGUUUUUUUUACUUUUAUGUGUGACAAAGCAAUGAAAUGAUUAAUCUUUUGGAUUCAAUUGAAGACGUUGUUUCGUUACUAUUGAAGUUAUUAAUCAUGGAAAGUGUUGCGCUGUGAAGAUGAAGUUUAAAUGUGAUUCUCGGCAGGACGUUCUGCUGUAUUUCUACUGCUCCAUAUUAAUGUACAUAUUGUUACUGGUUACUGGUACUGGUUUUGUUACAUCGGUUUCUCUGCGAUCCCGGACACUGAAGGGUUAAACGUACCAAUUGGACUCGUGAUACUUGAGCUCAUUUUUACAUUGACUGCAUUUUUUAUGCGUGUGUUUCAUAAUUCAUUUUGUAUGGUUGAUGAGGAGAGACAAUCCUUGUACUGCUAGUUUGUGCCUUGCAGAGCUGGAAUUGCACUUAACUAGUUGAACUAGUGUGUGAACUAGUUGUACUAGUCUGUGAAAACCUGGAGGUAACAGAGUUUGGAUUUGUUAGUCUAGGUUAGUCUUACCCUGACCUGCAGCACAAUGGUCAAAUAAAACUCUUUCAUCACAU